AUGGUCAGUGCAUGGGAAAAUAUCAACUUAGCCUAUGGAAAGCAAGCCACACAGUCAAGUACUUAUAUGAAUGGAAGCGUGAGUUAUCCAGCAGAUCUUGCAGUGGACGGAGACAACAUCACUGAUGACCUGAAAUGUGCAAAAACAAAUUCACAGGACAAGCCCACCUGGAGUGUGGACCUGGAGGGAUUAUAUGUUGUUCGUAGAGUUGUAUUGAUAAAGCCCACAACAUUUGCUGACGUAUGCCAGUUUCAAGGUGUCCAGCUCUGCAUUAACAACAAAACGGCAUCGGAUACUGGAUGUAGAGAUGUAUCUGUUCCUAAUACACAGUGUUCAACUGCAGUGUUAGAGUACGAGAUAGAUCCACCAGUCCUGGCGCGCUACGUCACGUUACGAAAAUCUGGAACACAAAUAUUUCGGUUGUGUGAAAUCAUCGUUAAGGGCUACACGUAUCCCUAUAAUGUGGCCAUUGGAAGAACAGCAGAGCAAAUCAACGGAACGGUUGUUGCAGGUGGAGUACCAAGUCAUGCUAUAGACGGGAAUGUUAACGCAAAUUUCGAUAAUGUACAAAUAAAAACCUUGGUCCUGAAUGCAGAAACCGUUGUAACUGUAGAAAUACAAAUGAAGAGUGUCAUCCCGUGUAUGGAGUCUGUACAUCUGGCUGUGCUGAAGGCUGGCAGGGACAUCAUGGGACAUGUCAAGUCGAUCACCAUUCCAAUGUCAUGA